AUGACCCCUAUGUUUGAUCUUCUUCAUCUUAUUAUUAUAGAGAAGACUGAAAAUAAUAGCUCCUUCGUAGGAAGAAAAAGAUCUUCUGCUAAUCAAUUCAAAGAGAAAAUGAAUCUAUCAGUAAAUGGUCAGUCUCAGGUCCCUCCGGGUUUCCGAUUCUAUCCGACAGAAGAGGAGCUUCUGUGUUACUACCUGAAAAAGAAAGUUUCCCAUGAGAUGAUAGACUUCAAUGUAAUACGAGAGGUUGGUCUUAACAAGCUUGAACCAUGGGAUAUCCAAGAGAAGUGCAAAAUAGGAGGCACCCCACAUAAUGAAUGCUAUUUCUUUUGUCACAAAGAUAGAAAAUACCCGACCGGGAGUCGAACCAAUCGUGCAACUGCAGCCGGAUUCUGGAAGGCUACUGGCCGUGAUAAGACCAUAUACAGCUGCUAUAGAAAGAUCGGAAUGAGGAAGACUUUAGUCUUCUAUGAAGGACGGGCACCAUAUGGGCAAAAAUCAGAUUGGAUCAUCUAUGAAUAUAGGCUAGAUGACACCAAGGCCUCGAAUCUAGUACGAACUUCAACACCAGAAGACCCGUGGGUGGUAUGCCGAAUUUUCCGGAAGAGAAAUUUCCACAAGAACCUACAAAGUCCCCAAAGCACAUCAUCUUCUCCUGAUUCUAUGGCCGAAGCAUAUACCUCAGAUAAAAAUGGUGUUCUUACUCAAACAUUUUCAAGCAAGGGAAAGUCUUACAAGCAAGAAAAAAGAGAAAUUGACGAUAGGAACAUUAAUAACAAUAAGAUCUUGCAUUACCUAGAUCAAAUUGACAGGGAAUUCAGUGAGGAGUUUCCAAAUAUGUUCUUCCAUCUUCCAAGACCAGAAAUUCAAACUGCUUCAAUAUCACUUCAUGGAAAUAUCUCAUCCUUUAAUCAAGACUAUUGUUUUGAGGAUUGUGACUUACAAUACGAUGAGAUGAUCUCAAAAACAGAACCUACUUGCACCAAUCCAGGCAGUGCUUGCAUAGCGCAAUCCAGUGGUACACCGGAAGAAGGAUCUCAUGGUUGGGCUGCAAUGGACCAGCUGGUGGUAGCAAGUCAGCUCAAUGUCCAAACAGAGAUGCUGGAGCAAUUAUCUGGCUAUGGUCAUUCCACUGAGGAUUUCUGUUUAUCUCCCCAAGAUGAUGUGCUAUCAUCCGAGAUAUGUUCAAGUCGACCAAAUCAAGUUGCGCAAGUCUACAAUGGCGAAGUUGAUUUUUGGAGCUUUACAUGA